UUUCUUUUUCGUGGAUCCUUCUUCCCUUGUUCUCUUCUUCUUCUUCUUCUUCUUCUUCCAUUUCCAUUCCCAUUCACACAAUACAUUUCUGUUCAUCUUCUUCCGUGACUUUGACGACAUGUCGUCUCUACAUUUCCUCUCCUUUCUCACUCUCUUCUCCCUCUUCUUUCUCCCCGGAAUCAAAUCCAUCGACGACCAACGUCAAAUCCUCACCAAAUUCAAAUCCUCUCUCCAUACUUCAAACUCCAAUGUCUUUCAUAACUGGACACUCCAAAACCCCAUCUGCACUUUCUCUGGAAUCGCUUGUAAUUCACAUGGUUUCGUUACUCAAAUUGACCUUUCUCAACAGGCUUUAUCUGGGGUUGUUCCUUUUGAUUCCCUUUGUCAAUUGCCAGCCUUGGAGAAGCUAGCUCUUCGCUCCAAUUCCCUCUCCGGUGAAAUCACCAACAGUUUGAACAAUUGUGUGAAAUUGAAGUAUUUGGAUCUCAGUGGCAAUUCCUUCUCCACCUCUUUCCCCAGCAUACAUUCUUUGAGUGAAUUGGAGUUUCUGUAUUUGAAUUUAAGUGGGAUUUCAGGGAAGUUUCCAUGGGAGUCAAUAGGGAAUUUGAAAGAUUUGAUUGUGUUGAGCGUAGGGGAUAACAGUUUUGAUAGCACUACUUUUCCAUUGGAGGUUACUAAUUUGAAGAAGCUUAAUUGGCUUUACAUGUCAAAUUGUAGUUUAACAGGGGAAAUUCCAAGGUCUAUUGGUAAUCUCACGGAGCUUCUUAAUUUGGAAUUUUCAGAUAAUUCUAUAACAGGGACUAUUCCGGUGGAGAUUGGGAACUUGAACAAGCUACGGCAGUUGGAGUUAUACAAUAAUCAAUUAACGGGGACACUUCCAGUGGGGUUAAGAAAUCUAACCGGCCUUAAGAAUUUUGAUGCUUCCUUGAAUUAUAUUCAUGGGGAUUUGUCAGAGUUGAGGUAUUUGACGAACUUGGUUUCUUUGCAAAUGUUUGAAAAUCAAAUCUCCGGUCAAAUUCCGGUAGAGUUUGGUGAAUUUAAGUCGCUUGUGAAUCUAUCACUUUAUAAGAACAAGCUUACAGGGCCUAUUCCUCAAUCGAUCGGUUCUUGGACGGAGUUUGAUUACAUUGAUGUAUCUGAAAAUUUUUUGACGGGGUCGAUUCCUCCUGAUAUGUGUAAGAAGGGGACGAUGAAGAAGCUUUUGGUUCUUCAGAAUAAUUUAACCGGUGAAAUUCCGGCGACUUACGGUAGUUGCUCUACUUUGACCCGGUUUAGAGUUAGUCAGAACUUGCUCACCGGCGUUGUUCCGUCUGGAAUUUGGGGAUUACCGAACGUGAAUAUAAUUGAUCUCGACUCGAACAAGUUGGAAGGUUCGAUCACUUCCGAUAUCGGAAAAGCUGUGGCUCUCUCGGAAUUAUACGUCGGAAAUAACCGAUUCUCAGGUCGAUUGCCAUUAGAGAUUUCGCAAGCGAAAUCUCUCGCUUCGGUUGAUUUGAGCAACAACCAAUUCUCCGAUGAACUUCCGGCGACUAUCGGUGAUCUGAAAAAGCUCGAUAGCUUCGAAUUGCAGGGGAACAAAUUAUCUGGUUCGAUUCCAGAGUCGAUAGGCUUGUGUAAAUCUUUGAGUAUCAUCAAUCUGGCGCAAAAUUACUUAUCUGGACAUAUCCCUUCAUCGCUAGGGCUUCUUCCAGUUUUAAACUCUUUGAAUCUCUCCAAUAACCACCUAUCAGGUGAAAUCCCCUCGACAUUUUCGCAUCUGAAAUUGAGUUCACUCGAUCUUUCGAACAAUGAAUUAACCGGUCCAGUACCCGAGACACUCUCGAACGGAGCCUACAAAGAAAGCUUCGCCGGAAACCCAGGCCUCUGCAGUGUGGCCGACAACUUCAUACAGCGAUGUGCACAAAGUUCCGGCCCGUCGAAGGACGUCAGAGUACUCGUCAUCGCUUUCGCCAUCGGAUUAAUUCUUCUCAGCUUCACGCUAUGGUGCUUCAUAAACUUAAGAAAAAGCGGAAACGAUCGAGAUCGAUCUCUUAAAGAGGAAUCGUGGGACCUAAAAUCGUUCCACGUAAUGACAUUCACAGAAGAGGAGAUUCUCGAUUCCAUUAAAGACGAGAAUCUAAUCGGAAAAGGAGGUUCCGGCAACGUUUACAAAGUAACAGUCGGAAACGGAAAAGAGUUCGCCGUGAAGCAUAUUUGGAACACAAAUCCAUACGAGGAGAAGAAGAAUAAGAGUUACCGUAGUUCAUCGCCGAUGCUUGUGAAACAGAAAACAAAGUCAUCGGAAUUCGACUCAGAAGUCAAAACUCUGAGCUCAAUCCGUCAUGUGAACGUGGUGAAGCUGUACUGUAGCAUAACAAGCGAAGUUUCAAGCUUGUUGGUAUAUGAAUAUAUGGCAAAUGGAAGCUUAUGGGACAGACUUCACACGUCGAGAAAAAUGGAGUUGGAUUGGGAAACAAGAUACGAAAUCGCAGUCGGAGCAGCGAAGGGAUUAGAAUAUCUUCAUCACGGCUGUGACCGCCCGGUAAUUCACCGGGAUGUUAAAUCAAGUAAUAUACUUUUGGAUGAAUUUUUGAAGCCCAGAAUCGCUGAUUUUGGGCUUGCUAAAAUUCUACACACCACAGCAUCCUCCAACGACACUAGCCAUGUCAUUGCAGGCACCCCGGGGUACAUAGCCCCAGAAUAUGGAUACACGUACAAAGUGGAUGAGAAGAGCGAUGUGUAUAGUUUUGGAGUUGUUUUGAUGGAGUUAGUGAGUGGGAAAAAGGCUAUAGAGGGAGAGUAUGGAGAGAACAAGGAGAUAGUUCAAUGGGUAUCAAAGAAUUUGAAGACAAGAGAAAGUAUAUUAAGUAUAAUUGAUUCAAGAAUACCAGAUGCAUAUAAAGAGGAUGCAAUAAAGGUACUAAGAAUUGGCAUUUUGUGUACUGCAAGGCUUCCAAAUUUAAGACCAAAUAUGAGAAGUGUGGUUCAAAUGCUUGAAGGAGCUCAACCAUCUCCUUUGCUUGGGAUUAUUAUUACCAAAGAUGUUGGGAGUAAUAAUGAUAAUGUUAAAAAGGUUUUGUCUUAGGAUUACUCUAUAAGGUUUUAGGCUUUAAUAAGCUAUAAGCUGAUCUACUAAUUAUGUUAAAUGUAAGGUUUUUUUUUUUUUUUCGUUUUUGUUUUUAUCUUUUCCUAGAUUAGAGUUGAAGAGUUAAACGAACUCUUUAAUAUUGUAUAAAAAUGUUUUCAAGUAGUUUUUUGGAAAGAUGGGAUGUUGGCAAUGGAAUUCAUCUCUAUUCAUCUAUACGUUUGAAUGAACUAA